UCCCUAACCCGAUGGUUCAACAAUUACCCGGCACUAAAUCCUGACCCGACCCAUAUGCUAGCUUUCACAAGACGCAGAAAAACGUAUAUAGACUUGCAGAACAUUGGAUUUUUCUAAACAUUGUUGGGUUAUAUCAUUUCGGAUUUGACAAUUGUAAUCAGUGAUUAAUGAUUCAAGAAAUGCAGAAAGCUAUAGGUGCUUAUAGGGAAGUGCUGAGGCUAGUUAGGCGACUUCCAAAAGACACAAGGGGUUAUUACGCUAAAUACGCUCGUGAAAACUUCGUUAAUUACAGAGAAAUCGACUCAAAUGAUCCAAAUGCUCUCCAAGAACUACUUCAACGAACUUACAAUCAUUCUCUAUGGGUCCUCAAAAAGUAUUCGGUGGACCAGUCUGCAGCGGAUCGCUUGAAGAAUAUAUGCUCUGCGUGAUGGUUCGUUUUGCCUACCAACUGUUUGUUACUAUUCCGCAAAGAGCCUUUUUUGUUUGUUGCUCUUUCUUUCUUC